UCAUGUGGCAAACAUCGAACGUAGUGAUAUCAUAACGACGUACUUGCUACGUCUGUCAAGAUAGAGGAGGUGAACGAUCGUUUAGAUCAUAUGGAGACACAGAUGAAGAAAAUGAAUACACUCUUGGAGAAUAUCUACAAGUGUGUGCAAAACACCAACCAAUGUACUUCAGUGCCAUGUAGACCAGAGAUGUUCCCCAUAGUAUCGAUCGCACAAUUACGUGCUUUCCAGGAUAUUCAUAUAGAACUUUACAACAAUGCUGUCAACUAUUUCCAUUACAUCGGUGGCUUCAACUUUAAAGAAGCUGUAAAUCUGUGUUUCAAGGACAGCAUCCAGGACUCCUUGAUGCCACUUUUGACUUGGUUCGGGGGCAAGGAAAAUCAAGAGGCAUUGUACAACACUCGCUUGGUGAAAGCCAUCUAUGAUGGUAUAUGUCGUAAUCGGCAUUUCGAAAGGCCUCUGUGUUCCGAGUUCCAAACUCAAAUGCAAGCGGCCUUACGAACAGCUAAGGAGCGGCACAGGCACAGAAGACGAGGGACAACGGCAGGAGGACCAAGGAUCCAGAGGGACUUAUGGGGCGACGAUCGUGAGGAAGAACAAGAGGAAGAGCCCGAAAAUACAUAAAGAAA